AUGUCGGACUCCUUCAAAUAUGAUGUUAAGGAUUCAGCCCGCUCUAUACAGGUAUCAGUGAGCACUGAACCAGCGACCAAAGGCCUGUAUCAAUAUUUGGGCAGGUCCGGCCUCAAGGUAUCAAGAGUCAUUCUUGGUGCAAUGAGCUUUGGGGCGCCUGAAUGGCAAGGUUGGGUUCUUGACGAAGAAGAGUCACUUCCUCUUCUGGAAUAUGCAUUCAAAUCCGGAAUUCGAACUUGGGACACUGCCGACCUCUAUUCUCACGGUCGAUCCGAACAGAUUAUUGGUAAAGCCAUUAAGAAGUUCAAUAUUCCACGAGAAAAGCUCGUCAUUCUCACCAAAAUCUUUUUUGGUGUCACUCCCGACACUCCAUCUAAUCAGCCAGGCUCGACUAUAAUCAAUGAUGGCGAGCUCCUCAAUCAAACAGGUUUGAGUCGCAAGCAUAUUCUCGAUGCUGUCGAUCAGUCCAUUGCACGACUUGGAACCUACAUCGAUGUAUUACAGAUCCAUCGUCUAGAUCGUUCAAUACCAUUUGAGGAGAGUAUGCGAGCUCUAAAUGAUGUAGUGGUAUCUGGAAAAGUAAGAUAUCUUGGAGCGUCCAGUAUGGCAGCAUGGGAAUUCCAACAGCUCCAAAAUAUUGCCGACCGACAUGGCUGGCAUAAAUUCAUCUCGAUGCAAAACUACCACAAUUUGAUCUACAGGGAAGAAGAACACGAAAUGAUUCCGUACUGCAAUAAUACUGGUGUCGGCCUAAUACCCUGGUCGCCUGUUGCUCGUGGUGCCUUGGCCCGUCCAUGGGGCACUCGAAAUACUCUUCGGGAGCAGAAAGACCAUGGUCUCCAACUGUUAGUUCGGGGAAGAAAUGAUCAGGUCGAUGAAGAAAUUGUCAAUCGGGUUGAGGAGGUUGCCAAGAAAAAUGGAAAAACCAUGGCUCAAGUUGCAAUUGCAUGGUCCCUGAGCAAGAACAUGUGUCCCAUCGUCGGCCUUAACAAGAGGGAGAGGAUCGAUGAGGCUGUUGAAGCGACCAAGCUUCAGCUGAGCCAUGAGGACAUCGAUUACCUCGAAGAGCCAUAUUUGCCCAAGGCACGACUUGUGCUGUGA